CUCCCGAAUCGGCUAAAUCCGGUUAAAUUUAUGCCGCAAAAGUUUAAAAUAAUAAUCAUACUGGUACCAGAGGGUACCGAGAAUGUGCGAACUUUGAAACUAUUAUUAACUGUUAAAACAGUGCUGAUUUCAUCAACAAUACAGAAAAAUGAAACAAUGCCUCUUGACAUUCUUGACCUUUUUGCGGCAAAGUGAAAGUGCGAUUUUUUUCUAAUCCCAGCGUGUGUUCAAUUAAAUUCCUUUCAGUGUUGUAUAAGUCGUAGAGCAAGAAUUUCAUCACCGGGACUGCUUCCUUGUUUAUUUAGGAAUUAAAAGUUGCGUAACCUGUUAAAACUGUCAAAGAAAUGCCAACGAAGCAUUGAGGUUAUGUUUAUUAUUAUGCAGAAUUGUGGAAAUUCCCGAAAAAGAUAGUCUGGAAAUCGACACUCGAUUCGAUUUGGAUGUCGCAGAAGUCCUCGUCAAGUUAUCAAAGAAAUGACGACAGAUUUGAGUGCAGGAACAGUGCCAYCCUUGUAUCGAGAAGUUUAUGAUGUGUGUUCCCACAACGGCGAACCUGUCCAUAGGGACGUUUAUCAGUGCCUUUUGUCCCAAUGUAACCUAAGCACAACCCAACUGAAGGUCAUMUGGGACCUCGCUGGGCCUUCACAAGGCCUUAUCACUAGAACUAACCUCUACAAAACGUUAGCAUUAGUGGCUUGGGCCCAACAAGGGAAGACAUUGUCUGAGAAACUAUUUGAUACUUCUUCGGGGAAAGAAUAYCCCUCUCCAAGUAUUGGUGAUCUAACUCCAGUCAAAAAUUUAGUUUUAAAGCUCAAUUUAAAAGCCAAUCCUGCCGUUUUGGGGCUCACUUAUACUGAAAUCACUCAAUUGGAUACAAUUAGUGUUGAAUUAGUACCUGAGAAGAAAGGACUGUUCCUGAAAUAUUCUGAAUAUUUGGUUUCUUCACGCCGAUUUAAUUCGAAAGUUACGAGAAGAUACAAUGAUUUUUUGGCCCUACAAGAAUUGCUUCUUAAUAGGUUUCCCUAUAGGCUAGUCCCUCGUCUCCCUCCUAAGAAAAUCGUCUCCGACGCCCACUUUCUCGAAUCUCGACGUCGCGGCCUCCACCGUUGGCUCACACUCGUCUGUCGCCAUCCUACGAUCUGUCACGAUGCUCUCGUUGCCUUUUUCCUCACAGAUCACGGUCCAGACAUACAACACCGGAUUAGAGAUAUUUUCCGGCGAGCACCGGACGAAUUCAUGACCUCAGAUCUAGCAGCCACAGCUAAGAAUUUACUUCCGGCAGAUCACGGAGAAAUUGCAUCGAGUCGCGAACAAAUUCGCUCUUUAGUUCAGGUGAUUGGAAAACUAAAAUUGCUGGCUGAAAACGCCGUCGAAAGACAGAAUUCGUAUGCGAGAGAUUCUGAAGAUUUUGCCGCCCAAUUGAAGAUUUUGAGUGCGUCGAGUAUAGGACAGGUGUUUGGCAGCCAGUGGGGAAGCAUGCAGAAGGGCUUCAUGGCGAUAUCCAGGGAACUUUACUCCCUUUCAAACAAAUCGCAACAAAACGCCAACGUGGAGCAAAUCACUGUUUGCGAGCGUCUUUCCCUCCUCCUGGAUGUUCUAAUAUCUCAUAAAGAUUUGUGUGAACGKCUCGAAAAAGGAUUAGCACACGACCACCAACAAGCCCUUUCCAAAAUGCUCUCUUUGAAAAAACGUAAAAUUCAAGGAGUAAUAAGAGGAACAGACACUGAAAGUGUCGAACAACUUGAAGCAAAAAUGUUAACGCAAGAAAAUAUUAUAUCUAACAUUGAGCUCCGAUCUGAUUUUAGUCUUUAUUGUGUCCAUAUGGAAACACAAUUGGUGUUUGCUUAUCUCGAAACUUUGUCUUCCAUUCUGAAUAGUUUGGUUUCGUUGAGAAUUAGAUCCCAUUCAGAGUUGGCAGAUAUUUGGAAGCAGGUUCAACCAACUGUUCAGGAAUAUUUACCGAUUGAUUAUGGUGUUGUUAAUGGUAAAGCAUAGCUUUAAAAAUUGCCUUAUCUUUAGGUUAAGUAGGUUAAAGGGGCCAAAUAUUCAUUUUAACUAUUGGUUAAGUUAGCAAUAAGUCUUUAUGACUCCUAAACAAUACAUUCCACUUUUACUCAAAUUCCACAUUGUGAUAAAUAUACUUGUAAAUAUUUUAUAUACAUACUCUUAUUAUUAUUAUAUGAAAUAAAGUUAUUUUUUAUCUUUUAA